GCGCGCGCGGGGGGCGGGGCGUGCGCUCGUCGGGAUGUUUCACUUGUUCAAUAAGUACAGAAGCCGUGCGAGACUGCGAGCAGACGGGGGGUUGUGCGAGACCUUUUCGGAGCCGUUGCGGACGCAGGGUCACCGCGAGGAAACGGGGGGUCCUGCCAUUUCUCGCUGCGUGACGUCCCCGCGAGGCAACGGACGGUGUUUCAACAACGGCGAACAAUAACAAAGAAAGAACAGAAAGAAGAGGCAAAAGUCGUCAGUCAAGAGAAGGGAGUAAAAGCAUGCUGGCCAUCCUUCCUCCGUCCUGUAUGAGUUUAACUUAUUUUUUUUCUAUUCCCCUGAGUCGCUGAUUGUGGAGGCUGUGUGGCAGAGCUUUCGCGGGGCGUCUUUUUCGUUGAGCGCGAGGCGCCUCUUUUACCGUACGCGCGCACGAGCGCGAGCGAGCGAGCGAGCGAACAGUGCGGCUUUGGCGCGAAUGUGAGGGGCGCUCGAGCCGCGCUCCUGGGCCACGGUCAGCGGUCACUUGUCAGAGGGCGUCGCGACUGGAGGAUUAAUUUGAUAUUUGUACAACAAACUUCACUCACUGCCGUUCCCUUCUGCUCGUCUCGUCAGCGUACUAGUUUUGGGGGUUCUGUUCUUUCUCACGCAACUCGAGCGAGGUCGUACUCAAUAAGCCCGGUGGCACUGCGGUACUUUGCCCGUCAUGGAUGUACGGUUCUACCCGACAGCCGGUGGGAACCCGGUCCCCGGAGAGCCGCCCAGCCUGGAUUUCCCGCACUGCCUCGGCUACUACGGCUACAGCAAGUUUGGGAACAGUAACAACUACAUGAACAUGGCCGAGGCAAACAGCGCACUCCUAGCAGCUGGUGAUCAAACCUUCCACACGCCCAGCCUGGGAGACGAGGAGUUUGAAAUCCCACCCAUUACUCCCCCUCCUGAGACUGAUCCAGUCUUCGGAACGUCUGAGGCGAGCAUGCCCUUCCCAGGACUUGCAGACCCCCCGCAGACACAGAGAGGCCAAUUUGCCCCACAGUUCCCCCCUCAAAGCUUAGAGCUGCCCUACAUCACCAUUUCGCGCAGCCUUUUGGAGCAGGAGGGGUCAGUCCACAACAAUGGCCUGCCAGUGAGCAUUGGUGAAUCCCAGCUUCGUCAGUAUAAUCCAGAUCCAUCCGUGGUCAUGAGAUCCAUCAUCAACAUGAGCAACCCUUCUGCUAUGAUAUCACAAAACCAGCUGACCUCUAUUGGCCAGUCUCAACUCAAUGCACAAAGGAGUUUAAACAUGAGUGGACAAAAUAUUCCCCACACCUCACCUUCACCUCCUGCUAGCAAGUCUGCCACCCCUUCUCCUUCAAGCUCCAUCAAUGAAGAAGAGCCAGAUGAUAUCAACAGGACAAUUGGAGAAAAGCGGCCUGCCCCUGAUGCUGGCAAGAAGCCCAAGACGCCCAAGAAGAAGAAGAAGAAAGACCCCAAUGAACCACAGAAGCCGGUCUCAGCCUAUGCCUUGUUCUUCCGGGAUACACAGGCUGCUAUCAAGGGCCAAAAUCCCAAUGCCACCUUCGGGGAAGUGUCCAAAAUCGUGGCCUCUAUGUGGGACAGCCUGGGUGAGGAGCAGAAGCAGGUGUAUAAAAGCAAAACAGAAGCUGCCAAAAAGGAGUAUUUAAAAGCUCUUGCUGCAUAUCGUGCCAGUUUGGUGUCAAAGGCAGCUGCUGAGUCUGCAGAAGCUCAAACUAUUCGCUCUGUCCAGCAGACACUGGCCUCCACCAACCUGUCCUCCUCGUUGAUGCUCAGUAGCUCACUUUCCCAGCACCCCUCAAUGUCUGUAGCUGCACAGGCCCUGCAGCAGGCCCUGCCCCGUGCUAUUGCCCCCAAGCCACUGCCCCUGCGCCUUCCUGGAAGCCAAAUUGCAGCCUCUGUUUCAACACCUCCCCAAAUAGUCCCCUCCACUGUGUCUUCACAGCUACUGGGCCAGAUGGGUGCUUGCGGGCCCAUGACACCAGGGGCACAACCUAAUGUGGCUGCAGCACAGAUGAGCCCACCCAUGCAGCCGCCACACCUGCAACACCAACAGCUCCACCACCAGCAGGUUCACCAGCAGAUGCAGCAACAGCACUUCCAGCAUCAUCUGCAGCAGCAGUUGCAGCAGCACCAUCUGCAGCAACAGCAACACAUGCAGCUACAACACAUGCACAUGCAGCAGCUCCACCAGCAACAGCUGCAGCAGCUCCAGCAACAACAGCAGCAGCAACAGCAGCAACACCACUCUCAGUGUUCCCCACCUCAGCACUCCCCCAGUGUACCUCAUUCUGUGGGGAGUCCCCAGACAACCCCUAAGCAACAGCCCCAGAUACAGGCCAAUGCUCAAGUCCUGUCCCAGGUCAGCAUCUACUAAGCCAAAUACCAAUUCAAAGCAGAGGACUCUAAUAAAAGCACCGUUCGAAGAAGAUGCUUUUUAAAGUUGCACUUAAGAAGUGUGUAAGUACUGUUAUGUUUUACAAAGAACUGUCAUGGUGUUGACAGAUAUAAAGACACAUGGGUUAAAAGGACUGGUUAUUAACAUGGAUUCUGAAGAUUCUGCAGAAGGGAAAAGGCAUGCCAUUGUUAUCACAGAAACAUUCAGUUAUUUAUAACAAAGAUUAAUUUAUAGGAUGGAUUAUUGCAGUUUGAGAUUUCAUGGACCAGUGAAAAGAAUAUAUAACCUUUAUGGACAAAUCUGUCCUGUACUUUAUCUUGGGGAAAACUUUUUAAAAAAAGAAAAACAGUGAGAAAUGAUUGGAGAGAAUGACUCAAGAAACAGCUGAAUAAUAGCAUUAAUAUCUCAGUGGAAAGUGCCCUCGUCUCUUUUUAAGACUGACAUAUCCUAAAAUGUUUACCUUUCAUUUCCUUGUGCGCUCCUUCAGGUUGUACUGCACAAGUCUUAAUCAUGAAUACUGUCAGAUGCAUUUCUGAAGACAAAUUCACCAGGUAACAAAGUCAGACUCCUUCUGAGAUGCUCUUAUUUUUCGGAGCUCUGAAACAGACAUGUAUCUGUGGUGUCCAGUAGACUAAGUAUUUAAAAAACUGCUGUAAACUUGUUAAAGACUUUAAACUGUAAUAGUAAUCUACUGUACAUGCUUGGAAAGGAGGGCAGAUUGAACCUGCUUCUCUUCCCAAAAAAUUCAAGUUUAUUCACUAAAAACCCAAAUGGCUCCAGAAUUAGGAUGCUUUGUCUUUACCUCAGUUUUAAUACUGAUCAAUUGUUUUUAGUCUUUUUAAUUUUGUGUAAAAAAAAAAUAUUUUAUGGUAAAUGUAAAUUACAUGUUCAAGGCAAUUCAUAAUGUCUUUAUUUUUAAAAUAACCCCUUGAUACCAGAAAUUUAUUGAAUGAGGUUAAAAAGAAUAAAUGAAUAAACUUCUCAACACCAUUUGGUUAAAUGGUGAUAAUCCAUUGGAACAGCACCGAGUGUAUUAUAGGCCAGCUCUCAAGGAAUCCACAAGAAAAGUACAGAGAAUAUGUGCAUUUUUCAUACCACAUGUUGUAAAAGUCAUAUGUGACGCUUUAGGUAACAUGACCUGUGGAUUGAUGUAGUGCACUUCUGCUGUUUUAUACUUUUUUAUCAGUUACAAUAGCAGCAAUUAAAUUGUUUGUAUUUUGCAUACAAAAAAUUAACUGCUUUCAAAAGUGUCUGUAGAAUAAAUUUAUGAAGGGGGCAAAUCUCAACCUGUUUUGAGCUCUUAAUGGGUAUAGAAUAUCAAUGGCUAUUCCGUUUAGCUUAGUUAUCAUGUAAAAAGAGACGUUACUAAUAU